AGAUGGAGUUGGGGAGGGAGAGACUUGCAUGAAUGGAGGACAACUAGUGAAAAUGCCUUAAGUUCACAGAUGGAGUAUUGUGUGUGUUUGUUGUCUGUCCUUGUUCUCGAAGAGGACCAAGGGCAUCGGGAAAGUGACCUCUUGACUUGCAAGUGAAUUGGAUUUAAGUGAGGGAAGGACUGUGCAAAGUCACCAGUCUCUUUCAGAGACAUCUGGGUCCGAUGACAUGCUAUAGAUCAGAACUACUUGAGAUGGCCAGAGAUGCAACAGGAGUGGAUUGAAGAGUAAAGCGAGGACAGGAGACGGUUACUAAGUGGUUAGAAGUGUACCUUUCUAAUUUUCUGAUAAGCAUGGACUUCCACACAGUUCUGUACAACGUUGCAGAGGAAAUAGACAGUCGAGAUCUUGUUGGUCUGAAAUUCCUCUGCUUGGAUCAUAUCCCAUUGAAGAAGCAGGAAUUUAUCAAGGAUGCCGUGGGGUUGUUCAAAAUACUGGAGGAAAAGGGUUUGUUGGAGGAGGACAAUCUGUUCUUCUUGAAGGAACUGUUGUACCGCGAUAACCGAAUGGAUCUCCUAAAGCUCCUGAACACUAACCAACAGGAGGUGGAGUGUCAAAUCCAAACCACAGCCCAGAUUUCUUCCUAUAGGGUCCUGCUUUUUGACCUUUCAGAAAAUGUGGCAAAAUUUGAAUUGAAAUCUAUUAAAUUUAUGUUGAGUCGCAAGAUUCCCAAGUGCAAACUAGAAGAUAAUAUGACCUUGAUCGAUAUUUUCAUUGAGAUGGAGAAACGGGGAAUUCUAGGAGAAGGAAACCUGGAUGACCUGAAGGCAGUUUGUGAUGUCAUUGACAAGAACCUGCUGGAGAAAAUAAGAAAAUAUGAAUCAAACAGAGUGGAAAGAAGCACAGAAAGAGUUCCAAUGGAAAUCCAGGAUGUUGAAGAAAUGAUGAAUGAUCUUCAGGCAACAUCUGGAGAUUUUCCAGGAGAAAAGGACCAGGACAAAGCUUACAAAAUGAGCAGCAAGCCUCGGGGAUACUGCUUGAUCAUCAACAACUUUGACUUCCAAAGAGCACGGAAGGAAAAGCCUGAGCACCAGAACAUAAGGGACAGGAAAGGGACUGAUGUAGAUGCAGAUGCUCUGAAAAACACCUUCAAGGAGCUUCAUUUUGAAAUUGUACAUUUGCAAGAUCGCACAGCAGAGCAAAUACACAAGGACCUACAGUAUUACCGGGACAGGAACCACGAUGGCAAAGAUUGCUUUAUUUGCUGCCUCCUGUCCCAUGGGGAUAGAGGUACCAUCUACGGCAUUGAUGGGCAGGAGGUGGCCAUCAAGGAUCUGACAUCGUAUUUCUCUAGUUCCAAGUGCCCGUCCCUUGCUGGUAAACCCAAAGUAUUUUUUAUUCAAGCUUGUCAAGGCAAGACCAUCCAGAGUGGGAUCACCCUCGAUACAGAUUCUGAGCAGCAAAGAGAAUCUCUGGAAACAGAUGCAUUUCUUCAGAGUGAAUGCAUUCCAGAUGAGGCCGACUUUUUACUUGGGAUGGCAACUGUGGAGAAUCAUAUCUCUUACCGACACCCAAAGGAGGGGACCUGGUACAUACAGUCCCUUUGCAAGAAUCUGAAGGAAAAAUGUCCUCGAGGAGUGGCUAUUCUUGACAUCCUGACAGAUGUAAACUCUGAAGUGAGCCAAAAAAUUGACCCGAACAACAAAGGGAAGCAGAUGCCACAACCUAAAUACACCCUUAGGAAAAAACUUUUCUUUCCCACUAACUAGAAUUGUGAGCACUACUUAAAAAUGUAUAUAUGCUAACACUAGAAUUGUAAUUUAUUUAUUUUGUUUAAGUUUUUCUUAUGCACUUUUAUUAGGGGG